AUGCACACAUUCACCUUACGCACUGGGCUCCGCCCUUUCUGUAAUAAGGCACAGAAGCUACCUCCUCGUUCAUUCCAGCGAGCCUUGAUCUCGUCAACUACAUCGCGACAAGCCAAGAACCAGAUAUACGCCCCAGAUCUUGUCGAGUCUGGCGUCGGCGAGGAGGAGGGAGGUGUGUCUCUCGCGACUGUUGAGUUUGAUUCACCGGAUAUCAUGUCAGGGAGUCCCAACUUAGCCAUGACUUAUAUGAUCACCAGCAUUCCCACGCUCUUGAGUUUCGAUGGUGGAGAGGCACAAACAACGACGAAGCUAUCUGAUGCCAGAAAGCUCGCCGACAGGGAGUUUCUGAAGGAAUGGAUCCGAACUGAAGCCAGGAGACAUGGUGGCCGUGGAGGAGGAGGCGGUUCGUCUAUCUUUGGAGGUCUGUUUGGCAAAUGA